AUGCCUAACUCGAUCACCGUCAAACAAAUCGAAGGAAAACCUGGAAGGGUUUACUACCCUUUACAGCUCAAUGAGGUCCCCAGGCCUUCUCCCGGACCGAAAGACGUCCUUGUUCAGUUAAGAGCCGCAGCACUCAACCACCGUGACCUGUUCAUCCGACGUCAUCUGUAUCCUGGCAUUUCAUUUGACCAUCCUCUCCUUGCUGAUGGCUACGGUAUCGUAGUGGAAGUCGGCGAAGACGCCAACAAAGGUCUCCUCAACAAGCCCGUCGUUAUCACCCCUAGUCGUGGUUGGGCCUCUAGUCCCGACGGUCCCGAGGACAUUCGCAAGUUCAGCGUCAUUGGGGCCACGAAGUCUUAUCCCGACGGUACCGCACAGGAUUAUCUUGCUCUUCCCGAGGGUGAGGUUGAGUUGGCCCCAGAGCAUCUUACCCCGGCUGAGGGCGCUGCGCUGCCUCUUGUGGGACUGACCGGCUGGCGUGCUCUGGUCACGAAGAGCGGCAACGCUGAGAAGGGCAGAAACAUCCUUGUCACAGGCAUUGGCGGCGGCGUCGCCCUUCAAGUGCUACAGUUCGGCGUUGCGUUGGGUUGCAAUGUCUACGUCACGUCCGGUGACGAAGCUAAGAUCGAGAAGGCCAAGAAGAUGGGUGCUGCGGGCGGAGUGAACUACAAGAAGGAUAAUUGGGAGAAGGAACUGCAAAGUCAACUCCCCAAGUCACGUCCGUAUCUCGAUGCAGUGGUUGAUGGGGCUGGUGGUGAUCUUGUUGGCAAGGCGGUCAAAUUGCUCAAGCCUGGCGGCGUUAUCAGCCAGUACGGCAUGACGGUAUCGCCGCAGAUGGACUGGCUGAUGCAGGCGGUGUUGAAAAACGUGGAGCUUAAGGGAACGACCAUGGGUUCGCGGGAGGAGUUCAAAGACAUGGUUGCAUUUGUUAGGGAGAAGAAGAUCCGGCCCAUAGUCAGUCGUACAGUCAAGGGCCUGACCAACCUGGAGGGCAUCGACGGGCUGUUCAAGGAGAUGGAGGCUGGAAAGCAGUUCGGUAAGCUGGUUAUUGAGUUUGAAGAAGUUGGUGCGGCGUCAUCUAAGCUAUAG